GCCGAUGCUGCAACCAGUUUCUUGAGAGCGGCAAGAUCCGGGAAUCUGGACAAAGCCUUGGAUCACCUCAGGAAUGGGGUAGAUAUUAACACCUGUAACCAGAAUGGGCUGAACGCCUUGCACCUGGCCUCCAAGGAGGGCCACGUGAAAAUGGUGGUGGAGCUGCUGCAUAAGGAGAUUGUUUUGGAGACAACGACUAAGAAGGGAAACACAGCCCUGCACAUUGCUGCCCUGGCUGGACAACAGGACGUGGUCCGGGAACUGGUGAACUACGGGGCCAAUGUCAAUGCGCAGUCACAGAAAGGCUUCACACCCCUCUACAUGGCAGCGCAGGAAAACCAUCUGGAAGUUGUCAAGUUCUUGCUGGAAAAUGGAGCCAACCAGAAUGUAGCCACAGAGGACGGCUUCACGCCACUAGCUGUGGCUCUGCAGCAAGGGCAUGAGAACGUGGUUGCCCACCUUAUCAACUAUGGGACAAAGGGUAAGGUCCGCCUGCCCGCCCUGCACAUUGCAGCCCGCAACGAUGACACUCGCACAGCUGCUGUGCUGCUGCAGAAUGACCCCAAUGCUGAUGUCCUCUCCAAGACUGGAUUUACCCCCUUGCACAUUGCAGCCCACUACGAGAACCUCAGCGUGGCCCAACUACUGCUGACCCGUGGAGCCAGUGUCAACUUCACACCCCAGAAUGGGAUCACUCCCCUGCACAUAGCCUCCCGCCGGGGCAACAUCAUCAUGGUACGGCUGCUGCUGGACCGCGGAGCCCAGAUAGAGACAAGGACCAAGGAUGAGCUGACCCCUCUCCACUGUGCAGCUCGCAAUGGACAUGUGCGAAUUGCAGAGAUCCUGCUGGACCACGGGGCUCCCAUUCAAGCCAAAACCAAGAACGGCUUGUCGCCGAUCCACAUGGCAGCGCAGGGUGACCACUUGGACUGCGUGCGCCUGCUCCUGCAAUACAGCGCCGAGAUUGACGACAUCACCCUGGACCACCUAACGCCGCUGCACGUUGCUGCGCAUUGCGGGCACCAUCGCGUAGCCAAGCUGCUGGUAGAGAAGGGGGCCAAGCCCAACUCCCGAGCCCUGAAUGGCUUUACACCCCUCCAUAUUGCCUGCAAGAAGAACCACAUCCGAGUGAUGGAGCUGCUGCUGAAGACGGGUGCCUCCAUCGAUGCUGUGACAGAGUCUGGCCUGACCCCUCUGCAUGUGGCUGCCUUCAUGGGGCACCUGCCCAUCGUCAAGACCCUUCUGCAACGUGGAGCCUCUCCUAAUGUGUCCAAUGUGAAAGUGGAGACCCCCCUACACAUGGCAGCCAGAGCUGGACACACGGAUGUGGCAAAAUACCUGCUGCAGAACAAAGCCAAAGCCAAUGCCAAGGCCAAGGAUGACCAGACUCCUCUGCACUGUGCUGCGCGCAUCGGCCACACCGGCAUGGUCAAACUCCUGCUGGAGAACAGCGCCAACCCCAACCUGGCCACAACAGCGGGGCACACGCCCCUGCACAUCACUGCCAGAGAGGGGCAUAUGGACACAGCCCUGGCGCUGCUGGAGAAGGGAGCCUCACAGACCUGCAUGACCAAGAAAGGAUUUACCCCUCUCCACGUUGCAGCCAAGUAUGGGAAGGUGGAUGUGGCAGAGCUGCUGCUGGCACGUGACGCUCACCCCAAUGCAGCAGGGAAGAACGGCCUGACCCCGCUGCACGUGGCUGUGCACCACAACAACCUGGACAUCGUCAAGCUGCUGCUUCCCAAGGGGAGCUCCCCACACAGCUCAGCCUGGAACGGGUACACCCCCCUGCACAUUGCUGCCAAGCAGAAUCAGAUGGAGGUGGCCGGCAGCUUGCUGCAGUACGGGGCUUCUGCAAACGCGGAGUCUGUGCAGGGAGUCACGCCUCUACACCUGGCUUCUCAGGAGGGGCAUGCGGAUAUGGUGGCACUGCUUUUCUCCAAACAAGCCAACGGCAACCUAGGCAACAAAAGUGGCCUGACUCCUCUCCAUCUUGUGGCCCAAGAGGGGCAUGUGCUGGUUGCUGAUGUUCUGGUGAAACAUGGAGUCACAGUGGACGCAACGACCAGGAUGGGCUAUACCCCGCUGCAUGUGGCCAGCCACUAUGGGAACAUCAAGCUGGUGAAGUUUUUGCUGCAGCACCAGGCUGAUGUCAAUGCCAAGACCAAGCUGGGCUACACCCCUCUGCACCAAGCAGCACAGCAGGGCCACACGGAUGUUGUGACGUUGCUGCUGAAGCAUGGUGCCUCUCCCAAUGAGAUCAGCACAAAUGGCACCACUCCCCUGGCCAUCGCAAAGCGACUCGGCUACAUUUCCGUCACAGACGUGCUCAAGAUUGUCACGGAGGAAACCGACAUCCCGUCAGUCAGUGACAAGCACCGUAUGAGCUUCCCGGAGACUGUAGACGAGAUUCUGGACGUGUCAGAGGAUGAAGAGGAGGAGCUGAUUGCACCAAAGUCCAGGACACCCGAUCCCAGGUACCAAGAGGGCAAGAGGGAGAUGCUGGAAUUUGUGACCUCAGCGACACUGGAGCAAACGGUGGAGUCUCCAGCUGUCCUACAGGUCCCCUGCAUCCCACCUGAGACUGUGGUGACAAGAGCAGAGGAGACUGAGCAGGUAGGACCUGCGGAGACAGAAGCUGAGCAAGUCAGCCUGCUGCAUGCACCUUCAGUGUCCCCGCAGGAGCCUUCCAAGGAGUUUGAUGAGGACUCCCUGAUCCCCAGCAGCCCCGCUACUGAGACCUCAGAUAACAUCAGCCCAGUUGCCAGCCCCGUGCACACAGGGUUCUUGGUGAGCUUCAUGGUGGAUGCCCGUGGUGGCUCCAUGCGGGGCAGCCGGCAUCAUGGACUGCGCGUGGUCAUCCCGCCCCGUGCCUGUGCUGCGCCGACCCGCAUCACCUGCCGCCUGGUGAAGCCCCAAAAGCUGCCUGCGCCCCCACCACUGGCUGAGGAGGAGGGUCUGGCCAGCCGGAUCAUCGCCCUGGGGCCCGCCGGAGCCCAGUUCCUCAGCCCCGUCAUUGUGGAGAUCCCACACUUUGCCUCAUACGGACGUGGAGACCGUGAGCUGGUGGUGUUGCGCAGCGAGAACGGCUCUAUCUGGAAGGAGCACCGCAACCGCUAUGAGGAGAGCUACAUGGACCAGCUGCUUAAUGGCAUGGAUGAGGAGCUGGAGAGCCUAGAGGAGCUGGAGAAGAAGAGGGUCUGCCGCAUCAUCACCACCGACUUCCCUCUCUACUUCGUGGUCAUGUCCCGGAUUUGCCAGGACUGCGAUAUGAUCGGACCCGAGGGAGGGUGUUUGAAAAGUACACUGGUGCCCAUGGUACAGGCCACCUUCCCAGACACAGCUGUCACCAAAAGAGUGAGGCUGGCCCUGCAGGCACAACCUGUGCCCGACGAGCUGGUGACUAAGCUGCUGGGGAACCAGGCGACCUUCAGCCCCAUCGUCACGGUGGAGCCGCGUCGGAGGAAGUUCCACCGCCCCAUCGGUCUCCGGAUCCCACUGCCGCCAUCCUGGAAGGACAAUCCCCGCGACAGUGGCGAGGGGGAUACCACCAGCCUGCGCCUGCUCUGCAGUGUGAUCGGAGGGACGGCCCAAUCCCAGUGGGAAGACAUAACAGGCACGACGAAGCUGGUCUAUGAAAACGAAUGUGCUAACUUUACCACCAAUGUGUCUGCCAGGUUCUGGCUGGCCGACUGCCCACGCACAGCCGAGGCCGUACAUUUUGCCACGAUGCUGUACAAGGAGCUGACGGCCGUGCCCUACAUGGCCAAAUUCGUGGUGUUUGCCAAGAUGAAUGAUGCACGGGAAGGCCGGCUGCGCUGCUACUGCAUGACUGAUGACAAGGUUGACAAGACUUUAGAGCAGCAUGAAAACUUCACGGAGGUGGCCCGCAGCAGGGACAUUGAGGUGGUAGAGGGGAUGCCUUUGCACGUCGAGCUCUCAGGGAACCUGGUGCCUGUCAAGAAGGCCACGCAGCCACGCACCUUCCUCUUCCAAUCCUUCCGGGAGAAUCGUCUCGCCAUCCCCAUCAAGGUUCGGGACAGCAGCCGGGAAGCCAGUGGCUCCCUGUCUUUCUUGCGCAAGGCCAUGAAAUACGAGGACCUCCAGCAUGUGCUCUGCCACCUGAACAUCAGCAUACCGCCCUGCACCAAGGGAAGCGGCAGUGAGGAGCGGAGGAGGACAUUGACACCGUUGUCUCUGCGGGAGCGAUACAGCAACCUAAGCGAGACCAGUUUCGGCUCUCUGAGCAGCACGGACAAGGCAGACCAGAAGAUGGUCGACAUAGCAGAACAGCUGGGCCUCAGCUGGGCUGAGCUGGCACGUGAGCUGCAGUUUGGGGUGGAUGACAUCAACAGGAUACGUGUGGAGAACCCCAACUCUCUGCUGGAGCAAAGCAUAGCCUUACUCAACCUCUGGGUCAGCCGUGAGGGCAAGAGUGUCAAGAUCGAGAGUCUGUACACGGCGCUGAGGAACAUCGACCGCAGCGAGAUUGUCAACAUGUUGGAGGGCUCCGGCCGGCAGAGCCGCAGCCUGAAGGGCAACUGGCGCUACACAGACAGAGAUUACUCCCUGUCACCAUCCCAGAUGAAUGGUUACGCUUCGCUGCAGGACGAGCUGCUGUCCCCCGCCUCCCUGCAUUACACGCUGCCAUCCCCACUGCGUGCCGACCAGUACUGGAAUGAGGUGGCCAUCAUGGAUGCUAUCCCAAUGGCUGCCACUGAGCAGGACUCCCUGAUGGAGAUGUCCGACAUGCAGGUGUGGUCCUCUGGGCUCACCCCCUCGCUGGUGACUGCUGAGGACUCCUCUCUGGAGUGCAGCAAGGCCGAGGACUCAGAUGCCACAAGUGAAGGCCGGUUCCUGGGGCAGCUUCUAACAGACGUGCAUGGCCCAGACCACAUGGGCUCUAUGGACCUGGUUGAGGAUGACACAGUGGACUCAGAUGCCAUGAAUGGCCUGAUUGACCUUCUAGAGCAGGAGGAGGGGCAGAGGCCAGAGGGAAAGAUGCCAGCCGGUGAUCGCCAGCCAGGGACCAGGGAGCAGGACCUGGAGAGUGAAGUCUCUUUUGUUUCAGUUCAGCAGAAGGUGCAAGCCAGGAUCACGGCAUCACCUACUGUUAGCCACGUCGUGGAGAAGAGCACAGACAGGUACUGCAGCCUGGGGUGA